UUUCUUUCCUCUUUGGCCUUUCUUCCAUUUCUUGAUCUCUUCAUCUCUUCCUCUCUAUAUUCCACCAUUUUUUCUUCCUCAAUUUCAUCUAUUUUUCCAUUUCCCUUUCUGGGUUUCUUUAAAAAUUAUUUUUUUUUCAAUUUUCGAAAAUUUUCUUUCUCGUUAAUGUUUUAUGGCUGGGUUGGAUUUAGGGAGUCGAUAUCUAACUCACCUUCAACCACAAGUAGACGGCGGUCAUUUCUCCUCCGGUGACCACCAAGACGAUGACGAUCCCCACCAAACCCUAGGUGGUACGGGGGAUGUCGUUGGCCGACGUCCACGCGGUCGGCCACCCGGUUCGAAAAACAAGCCAAAGCCGCCGGUUAUCAUCACCCGUGAGAGCGCCAACACGCUUCGUGUCCACAUCUUAGAAGUUGGCAGCGGCUGUGAUGUUUUCGAUUGCGUCGCUUCCUACGCCCGCCGACGACAGCGUGGGAUCUGUAUUUUGAGCGGUAGCGGUAACGUCACCAACGUCGGUCUCCGCCAGCCAGCAGCAGCUGGGGUGUUGACUCUUCAAGGGAGAUUUGAAAUUUUGUCACUGUCGGGAUCGUUUCUGCCGCCGCCUGCUCCACCCGGUGCGACGAGUUUGACGAUAUUUUUAGCCGGAGGGCAGGGGCAAGUAGUGGGAGGGACGGUGGCUGGUGAAUUGACGGCGGCCGGGCCGGUGAUUUUGAUUGCAGCUUCGUUUACAAAUGUGGCGUAUGAGAGAUUGCCAUUGGAUGAGGAGGAUCAGCAACAAACUCCUGCAGGCGGCGGAGGGAGCGGCGGCGGAGUUGGUAACAACAACAAUAAUAAUCCGUUUCAAGACCCAACAAAUUCAGGACUUCCAUUCUUGAAUUUGCCACUUCAUAUGCAAAAUGUUCAACUUCCACCCUUUUGACAAACAAUUCAAACCCUCAAAAAUUGGAUCCAAUUGAGGGUUUGAAAUUAUUUAUAAAAAAAAAAAAUCCAGAACACCCCAUCAAAUCUCUUGCAGUGUUUAGAUUCGAAAGUCAAAAAAAAAAAAUUGAAGAAAAAUUGCAGAUCGGAUUGACUAACUGGUUUCAAAGGUCAGCCAUUGAAUCUUCUUAUGAACCCUUAUUUUUAUAUAUAUUGUUAAUUAAAUCUCUUCUUCUUCUUCUUCUUCAUCUUCAUCUUCAUCUUCAUCCUCUUCUUUUUG